CUCGAUUAAAAAUUUUAAUCGUUUGACAGCCCUACUUCAAACAUGAAUAAUAUAUUUAGAAAUUCAUCACCUAAAUUAGCACUUUGACAAAGAUUAUUCUCCGAUGCACUGGUUUAGGUAUCAAAAAAUCUCAUAGGCUAUUUCUGUGAUGGCGACUAACAAUACAAAUCUCCAAGGUGACGAAGCUCCUCAGUUGUUUUUACUCUAUGACAGCUGUGCAUGAGCUCUGAUAGGGCCAAGUUGAAUUCUUCCUGGAUGGGGCGCUGGGCUAAAUUUAGAGGAGCACAGUUAUAUCGACUGUAGCCUCAGAUCUGGCCGCCUUAAAGCUCUUCGCCUUCACAGCGGCCACUUGUAUUCUCACUCCUGCUCUCCCAAUCCAUUGGUGAUCACGAUGGACCCACGAGGUUUGAAGGAAGAUCUGCGUCUCUUUCAGAGCACUUUGCUUCAGGACGGGCUCAAAGAACUCCUAAAUGAAAAUAAAUUGGUGGACUGCAUCCUGAAGGUGGGGGACAGGAGCAUCCCCUGCCAUCGCCUUAUCCUGGCUGCAUGUAGUCCUUACUUCCGGGAGCUUUACUUCUCUGAGGAUGGCAGAGAAGUGGACAAAAAGGAGGUGGUUCUGGAGGAUCUGGAUCCCGUUGUAAUGGAGGCGAUUGUAAAUUACAUGUACUCAGCUGAGAUCGACAUCAAUGACGACAACGUGCAGGAUGUCCUGGCAGUCGCCAGUCGCUUCCAGAUCCCGUCGGUUUUCACAGUUUGUGUGAAUUUUCUUCAGCAGAAGCUGACUAUGAAGAACUGCCUUGCCAUCUACAGGCUCGGUCUGAUGAUCAACUGCCCCAGACUGGCAAUAGCAGCUCGAGAUUACAUCGCCGAUCGAUUUGUGACCGUCGCAAAAGAUGAGGACUUUUUGGAACUCGCUCCUCACGAACUCUUUGCUCUUAUUGGAGCAGAUGCCCUUAACGUGGAGAAGGAGGAAGUGGUGUUUGAGACUCUCAUGAGGUGGAUCAGGAAAAACAAGGAGAACCGCAUUAAAUCCUUACAGGAGGGCUUUGAUUGCAUCCGUUUCCGUUUACUACCAGAGAAGUACUUCAAGGAAAAGGUCGAAAAGGACGAUCUCAUCAAAAACGAUCCGGAGAUUACCAAAAAAAUGAAAGAGAUCAGGGAUGCAUUUGCAGGCAAGUUGCCAGAGAAGAAAAAGGGUGACGGGGAAGGGGAAGAAGCCAAGUUGCCCGGAUACCUUAACAAUACCCGUCGAUAUGGAAUGUUCGCAAAAGACUUGGUGCUGAUGAUCAACGACACAGCUGCGGUGGCCUACGACGGACAGGAAAAUGAAUGUUUUUUGGCCGCUAUGACGGAGCAAAUCCCCCGCAACCAUGUCAGUCUGGUGUCAAAGAACAACAACCUCUACGUGUUGGGAGGACUCUUUGUAGAUGAAGACAACAAAGAAAACCCGUUGCAGUGCUACUUCUACCAGAUGGACAACAUUGCUGGUGGUUGGAUUGCAUUGCCACCCAUGCCCUCUCCCAGGUGUUUGUUUGCCAUGGGGGAGUUUGAGAAGCUCAUCUUUGCUGUGGCUGGUAAAGACUUGGAGAGCAACGAGUCUCACGACACGGUUAUGUGCUACGACACCGAAAAAAUGAAGUGGGCUGAAACAAAAAAGUUGCCGCUGAGAAUCCAUGGACACAGUGUGGUGUCGGAGAACGGGCUUGUUUAUUGUAUAGGCGGGAAAACCGAUGAUAACAAACCUACCAAUAAGAUGUUCGCGUAUAACCACAAGAGGUCCGAGUGGAAAGAAGUGGCCUCCAUGAAAACACCUCGAGCCAUGUUCGGAGCGAUAAUCCAUAAAGGGAAGAUCGUUGUGGCUGGAGGAGUCAAUGCAGAGGGCCUUACUGCUGCAUGUGAAGCAUAUGACUUUUCAACCAACAAGUGGUCACCAUUCACAGAGUUUCCCCAAGAACGGAGCUCAAUCAACUUGGUCAGCUGUGGAGGACUCAUGUACGCCAUUGGAGGCUUCGCAAUGGUGCAGAAUGACAACAAGGAGUGUGAACCAGUUGAAGCCUUGGACAUUUGGCAGUACGAAGACGACAAAAAGGAGUGGACAGGGAUGAUCCGGGAGAUGCGUUAUGCGGCCGGAGCUUCCUGUGCAGCCAUGCGCCUAAAUGCGGCCCGCAUGGCCAAGCUGUAAUGGUCAAGGAACCUACUUCAGUUCAUAUCCAUGAAGUGAUGUUACAUUAUAACAUCAUGGAUGGGUGUUUUGACACUUUUAUGGACUAUUUAAGUGUGUAAUGUAACUGUAUAAUCACUUCAUAUUUCUUAUUUAAUCUCACACCGCAUUCAUAAGAAGCGUGACUGACCAUUGGUGCGGAUGUGAGGGUGAAUGGUUAGAGGAUAAGUAUAUGCUAGGUAGGGUUGUUCCGAUCAUGUUUUUCUUGCUCCCGAUCUGACCCCAAUCGUUUUAGUUUGAGUAUCUGCCGAUCCUGAUAUUUCCCAAUCCGACUGCUUUUUUUGCUCCCGAUUCAAUUCCAAUCAUUCCCGAUAAUUUUCCCCGAUCACAUACAUUAUGGCAAUGCAUUAAGAAAAAAAUGAAUAAAACUCUGAUGAAUAUAUACAUUCAACAUACAGUACAUAAGUCCUGUAUUUGUUUAUUAUGACAAUAAAUCCUCAAGAUGGCAUUUACAUUAUUAACAUUCUUUCUGUGAGAGGGAUCCACGGAUAGAAAGACUUGUAAUUCUUAAAGGAUGAAUGUGACUUUGUAUAUUGUGACUAAAUAUUGCCAUCUAGUGUAUUUGUUGAGCUUUCAGUAAAUCAUACUGUAGCCAUGCCCAAAUGCAUGAUGGGAAGUGCAACCAUGACUGUGCGUAGUGCUACCAAUUGAUAUAUCUUCUCUGCGUUGGGAAAUAACAUAGAGUGUUAAGAAAAAGAUAAUUUACUACCUUGCUUCCCAACAUUACUUCCUACUAUAAUUCUAAACAUAGGGCGAGGGAUUGUAAGGCUUAGCCAAUUAAAAAAAGGUUCCAAAGGCUGCCAAAAUUCACUCUGCUCAUUUUACGCUGCCUUUAGCUUUCUAUAUAGGUAAAACGGCGCCAUUACAGAUUGAGCGCGACAGUGCGUGAGUGGGUCGUGCAGUGCAUGCAUUAAUUGCGUUAAAUAUUUUAACAUGAUACAUUUUUUAAAAAAUUAAUUACCACCGUUAUUGGGAUAAAUUUGAAAACUCUACCUUAAGCCUAAACUAAAGACUCUGGAUAAGUGUAACAUAUUAUGUCUGUAACGUUAAAUACAAUUAUAAAACGAUUUAAUUAAAAAAUAUAUAUUAAAAAAAAGGCAUGUCCGAUAUAUUUUUGCCGAUUCCGAUACUUUGAAAAUGACGUGAUCAGACCCGAUCGAUGCCGAUCGAUCGGAACAUCUCUAAUGCUAGGUUUUGUUAUAUCAAAUAAGUCAUUUAAACCUGUUGACCUAAUUGGAACGAAUAUCUUUUAAAGGUGAAGGGAAUAGUAUCCUUUUCCAUAUUUAAGUUUGUAUUACUCUAACACACCCAAUAUAAAUUAAAUAGCAUUUAUAUCAUAGUUUAAGGAAAACAAGCAGAAUAUAUUUGAUAUAAUGAAUAGAUGGACUAGGAAUGAUUGGAAAUUGUAGCGCCAGGGCCCAGGACCAGUGUUGUCACAGAUUACUUAAAAAAGUCAUUUAAUUACUGAUUACUGAUUACACCUCAAAAAAGUAAUCUAGUUACUUUACCGAUUACUUUAUUAUCAAAGUAACUGUUACUUUGAAAGUAACUUAUCAGUUACUUUUUACCAAUUUUUCUCCUUUUGCGGCCUCAACAUAAAAAUGACAACAAAAAAUGUAAUCGCAUUUAAUUGAAUUUUUCACAUAAGGCUUAUUAAUCUUUGAGUUAGCGGGGUUAGCGCGCUAGCUUAGCCACCCCGGAGCCCUGAAACUAACAAAUAACUGAAAAGUUGCACGGAAUUUGUUCAAAUCAACUCCAACGACUAAAUAAACCCCCGCUAACUCCAAGAUAAAGCCUAAUGUCAAAAAUUCUCCUUAUCCCCUUUAAAAUAAAGUCCUAGCUGUUAAAAUAUUGCCUAUAAAAGUUGUAAAGCAAUGAAACAAACAACAAAAAUUAUUGAAAUGAACAAGAAUCCUACAACGUAUUUCAUAAUGGGUCAAAAUCAUUUUUCGAGCAGAUCAUGUGACUAGCACCUAAGACACUAGCUUUUGCUUUGCUAAGCCAAAACUACACCUGUGGAGGCAAGAUGGGUAUUUAGAAUUUCUGUAAACCUAAGCUUUCAAACGCAACCAACAACAACUGAACUUGAACAGUUUUAUACAGGGGUUUCCAAACUUUUUGCAAAGGGGGCCAGAUUUGGUGUGGUAAAAAUGUGAGGGGCCGACCUUGGCUGACAUCCUUUACGUAGACCAAUAUAUUUAGGCAAAUUUUAGCAAACCAUUCUGUCACAUUUGCUUUAUUACCAUAUUGGCCCGAAUAUAAGACGACCCUGAUUAUAAGACAACCCUUUCUUUUACAAGACUCAAAUUUGAAAAAAGACUUUUUGAACACCAAAUUAAUUUUUAUACAGAAAAUAAUUACAGUACAUCUGAAACAAAUGAUUAUAACAAUAUAUUUGAUAGAAAAAGCAUGUAAUUUUGCUUCAUUCGAAUCUUAAUAUCUGAACAUUUAAAUAUGUAAACUUAAGUGCAAUCACAUUCGUAAAUGAAUGGCUUCUGGUUUUUGAAAUGUAAAUAAACCAAUCUAUUGUGAUAAAACAACAAAAUAGCAAUAACUGCAUUAACCAUCAAAGUGAAGUCUAACUUUAACUGUAGUCUUGAAACAAAUCUGAAUAAGGGAAAACAAUGGAAUAAAAUAAUGCAAACUAGUUAAACUUGAGAGUAGCUGAGAUCUGUCAUGACAGAACAUCGCUUCAAUGAUAUCUGAAUGGGUAUAAUGUCUAGACCGCGAAUAUAAGAUGACCCCUUUUUUCAGUCUUAUUUCAAUGCAAAAAAAAAAAACACUGUCUUAUAUUCGGGUCAAUACGGUAUUUUUUAAAAUGAAUAAUUUCAACAAUCUUGCAACUAGCCUUUGUGGCGUUCUCUUUCGACUGUCGGGCUCUUGUGAAAUACUGCUGCUGUAAAAUUAAACUAGCUUCAAUUUCUCACUACGUACCUUCCCUGUAAUCUUGUCUUACAUGUCAGCGUGUCUUGUUUGGUAAUAUCGCCUCACAUUGAACUCUUUAAAACAGCGACUGUCUCUUUGCAAAUGAGGCAGACACAGUUGUUGGGUAUUUUAGUGAAGUAAUCGUCCAAUAUCUACCUAUCCUUUAAGCGUCGGCCGUCGCAGUCAACUUUUUUAUUGUUGAUUGUCGCCAUUUUAGAAAAUUGGGAGUAACAGGUCACACGGGGUACUGUUGCUUAGAGUGCUGCUGCCUUUUAGUGGGUAAAUGAGGAGCAGCAUUUAGUGUGUAAGCUACCUCAUGUGCUGACCAAUUUAUUAAGUCUGUGUGCGGGCCAGAUGUUAUUGAUUUUAUGACAGAAGCUGGGGGCCGGAUGAAAUUUGACCACGGGCCACAUUUGGCCCCCGGGCCAGACUUUGGACAUGUCUGGUUUCAUAUAUAUGUAUAUAUACAGUCAGUAUUGGCCAAAAGUUUGGCGACACCUCAAAGGUGGACACUUUGAAGAAUGUAGAAUAUAAAACCUGUUUUCCGUUAGUUCUUUUUUUUGCCAUUCCACAUGUUCGUUCAUAGUUUUGAUGUAUUCAGAGAGGAUUUACAAUAGUAGGGAAAAUAUAUAAAACAUAAAAAUGUUUAGGUGUGUCCAAACUUUUGACUUUUUCACACAACAACAUGCUUUGCCCCCAGCCCCACAAAAGUAAAACUCCGCCUAUGGUUACAAACACUGACAAUAAAAUGUGCAUAAAGGCUGGUUACAAACUGUAGAAGUGCUGGCUGUCUUGUUACCUGUAGGCUUUUUCGAGUUUUGUCGCGUUGUCCUGUAAUUCCAUGUGCUUCCUUGUUGAAUUGGAUGUAGAGUUUUUAGCAGCCGACAGUCUUUUUCAAGCCAGCGUAAAGUUUGCAACGCACGGAGAUAUUUUUGUCAUCUUUACUGGACAGAAAUGUGAAGUAAUGGCUGUAUUUCCAGUGAGCAAAGGCAUCCAUUUGCGAUUUCUCCUGCCUUUCACUGUUAGCCUCGCUGCCUCGUCAGAAUGCAAUGUUGUUGACCGCCGUGGCAGACAGCCUCAAACAGCAUCGUAAUACACGUGACCCGUUUUUUUUUUCUUCCCCCCCGAUGAGAAAUGCUCUUUGUACAUGACUACAGUAUUCUUCAUUCUACAUACAUUAUGAGGCAAAAACAAAAUAGUAACGCACAGGCACUAGGGAAACUAACUUUAAUCGGAUUACUGGCUUGGAAAAAUGAACGCGUUAGAUUACUUGUUACUGAAGAAAGUAAUCAGAUUACAUUGACAACACUGGCCAGGACAACGGGCAGAUAAGUGCAUAACCGAUACAGGAUGCCUUCUGAACACGGAAGCCCAACGCGCGCGUCAUGCAGCUGACUUAGUGAGAUUGAUGCUGGGAAGCAGGUGAUAGGCAAGACAUCUACAUGCCCACGGCUGCACCACCAAAUCCCGCAGUCAGCUCUUCUGGACAGUCCAGAACAAAUGGCGGGACAUUCCAUUUUGCUACAAGGAACACUUGACAACAAGAAUACUCCACGACUGAGAAUUUUAACGCUCAGCAGUGAGGCUGACAAAAUCGCCAACUCUGGUUCCCUAGGCAACAGUGACGCACAGAUUCAUCGGCCCAACCUGCAACGGAAAAUUACCCUUAACAACGCCCAAAUACACCCUUAUUCCGAACCACAGCCUGCCUCACUAGAGCCUUCAAAAGACUGAACUCUUUAGCUAAAGCAGUCUUAUCUUGGGAAUUUUUAGUUGAUGGAGACUCUGGAUCCAGUCUUCCUCCUCGCCUGGGUCUCUUUGCUGUUUUGCUUUGCUUUAUGAUUGCU